UCUUGGAAAAUCAGGACUCAGAGUUUCUUGCUUGGGUCUUGGAACAUGGGUGACAUUUGGAGGUCAAAUUUCAGAUGAGGUAGCUGAGCGGCUGAUGACCAUCGCCUACGAGAGUGGAGUCAACCUCUUCGACACGGCCGAGGUCUACGCCGCGGGGAAGGCUGAAGUGAUUCUGGGAAGCAUCAUCAAGAAGAAAGGCUGGAGGAGGUCCAGCCUGGUCAUAACAACCAAACUCUACUGGGGUGGAAAAGCUGAAACGGAAAGAGGGUUGUCACGAAAACAUAUCAUCGAAGGAUUGAAGGGCUCCCUCCAGAGGCUGCAGCUAGAGUAUGUGGAUGUAGUCUUUGCAAAUCGACCAGACAGUAACACCCCCAUGGAAGAAAUUGUUCGAGCUAUGACACACGUGAUAAACCAAGGAAUGGCCAUGUACUGGGGAACUUCGCGGUGGAGCGCCAUGGAGAUCAUGGAAGCCUAUUCUGUAGCAAGACAGUUCAAUAUGAUCCCUCCAGUCUGUGAACAGGCCGAGUACCAUCUUUUCCAGAGAGAGAAAGUGGAAGUUCAACUACCAGAGCUCUACCAUAAAAUAGGAGUUGGAGCAAUGACCUGGUCUCCACUUGCCUGUGGAAUCAUCUCAGGAAAAUACGGAAAUGGGGUGCCUGAAAGCUCCAGGGCUUCUCUGAAGUGCUACCAGUGGCUGAAGGAAAGAAUUGUGAGUGAAGAAGGGAGAAAACAGCAGAACAAAUUGAAAGACCUCUCCCCAAUUGCUGAGCGCCUGGGCUGCACACUCCCUCAGCUCGCUGUCGCAUGGUGCCUGAGAAACGAGGGUGUGAGUUCUGUGCUCCUGGGAUCAUCCACUCCUGAACAGCUCAUUGAGAACCUCGGUGCCAUUCAGGUUCUCCCAAAGAUGACAUCACACGUGGUAAAUGAGAUUGAUAACAUAUUACGCAACAAGCCCUACAGCAAAAAGGACUACAGAUCGUAAGGCAAUGCAUGAGCCAUAGGAGCUGCAUGGUUCAAAUAUCGGUCUAUACCGGUACAGAAAGGUGUUCCUAGGCAGUCUUUUAAGUCACUUAGCAGCUACUGCUCAACCUCUAGUGUCCCCGGAUGCUGAGGUGUCUGCUGUCGCUACCACUGUGCACCCAAAUUAUGAGCACAUCUGAAAACUCACAACUAAGAAAAUCCAUUCUAUUUUCUUAUUGUGGACUGGAGUCACCUAUUCUUGCAUUGCUCUGUACACCUCAUGUUAAUGCAAUGGAAAGUAUAUAGCAGGGAAAGCGGUAUUACCUGCAGGCAUUCAGUAACUUAAAGAAGGCUAUGCAGAUAGAUUUAUUUUUUCAAAUGAACAAAAUCCACACAGGGAAUGUGGAUUGCAUCAGAAAGAGGACACUGUUUACUCAGAAGUCCUGCUUGAGAAAAUAAGCAAAAACAAUUUUAAAUUUUACGUUUUCCUAUUUUCACCUUCCUAUUAUGAGCAAGCUGUUCCCCUUAUCAUUUUCAAUAAAACUGACUCCUAGGUAUUUGGUUUCAUUACCUUUUAAAUAUUCACUGUGUUUGGCCCCAUGAAAUGACCCUGUAUAGCAAUUUAUCCAAGGUCUCUACCAGAAUUCUAAUAAUGCUGUUCAUUUACAUGUAGAGAUUGUAAAAGGAUGAACACCCCAGUCUUCAAUUAGAGACAUUAUGGUAAAUGUAUGAAAGGGGGGAUUACAUUACUAUGGAAGCUUAGCUUUGAAUAAAAUGUAAUGCAUCUGCAAUGAACUGUUCACUUUUUACUACAUUUUAUGAAAACCUGCUUUAUAUUUUUGCCUGCUUAUAGGCACAACUUCUGCAAGUUUAAAUAUUUGAGCUUUAAAAAUAAAUAUACACAUGCUCGGUUUUGUAAGUAAACCUGUAAAAUACCCAGAAAGGCAAAUGUCUGUGUUUAAUUAGCACUGGGAUUUUACAAUAUAAUGCUUGGCGCUUUUGAGGAGUUAGUAACAUGAAAGUAAAUCAUGGGCUCUGUGAAAAAUGCUGUCACUACUCAGCAUAUGCUGGGUGAAUUAACUUGCCCCAUGAAAAACAAAUGUUAAAGCACUUCCUGAUUCUAUAACCACACUAUGUGCACUAAACUAUAUGCAUGAAAGCUCCCUGCAUGGAUUACAGGGGCCUGGCUUUAGUGCACUCAGAAGCUGAGGUCUAUCUAGCCCUGCCACUAUUGGCUACCUACCCUCAUGAAUACUCCACUUGAGAAAAAAUUUCAGACUAUAUUGUAUGUACCUGUAAGAGAAAACAUUUUUUCUCUUUUUUUGGGGGUGUGUUCGGGGUGAGGGUCCUAUAACUAUUUGGACACCUGAGCAUGUACAAAAUUCUAAUUAAUUUUCUGGCCAGCUGGUCCCUCAUAUGGAAAUCAUUUGAGACUUACAGGAAAAAUAUACUAUCAGCUUUAAAUGCUAUUUUCGGCCAUCAUUUCCAGAAAGGUAUUUCAUGGUUAAAUUCUAAAUAUCAAAAUGUUAAUGUGAAAUAACCAAUAAAUUUCCUUUUUGAUUACUACUUGUAUUCAAUUAAGGAAACAGUUUGGGUUUUUGCCCCAAACUAUGAGAAUAAUGACGGAUCAUUUUUCAGUUGUUCAGUGUAUUUCAAUCAAUCCAGUGAACUGUUGUAUGUAAAAAUGAGCUGAAACUGUCUAAUUGAAACUGCAAUUUAACUUGCUUAGAGUAAUAAAACAUUUUGUGCAUUUAA